AAAAUGAGCGCCUUGUGCGACGAUGCCUUUGAAAGCCAACCUCCACCGCGCCGCCACCGGCGUCGACCAAAUCCGCGAAGCCGAGUCCCGCUGCCUCGCCGUCCGCCAUCGCCUCCUCCAGUCCGGCCUUCCCCCCUCCUCCUACAUCUCCCUCCUCCGCCUCCUCGACGCCGAGCUUCGCUCUCUAUCCCGCCUUGCCUCCUCCGCCCUUUCCCUCCCCCUAAGCUCCAACGUCGGCUACCUCGAAUCCAUCGCCCGCCUCCUCCUCCAUCCCUCCGUCCGUUGCGUCUCCCGCGUCUCCCGGCCCGUCCCCGCCGCCUCCAAAGACCACCCCGUCCACGUCGACCUUGUCUGUACCCUCCAUCGACGCCCCGCCUGGUUCGUGGUCUCCGAUCGUAACCCCGUCUACCUCUCCUGGCUUGGGCCCAAGGGCCUCCGCGCCCGCGUCGAGCGCGUCAUCGCCGCCGCCCGCUCCGCCGGGGCGCUCAAGCCCGCAUCCGUCCUAUUCGUCUUCUCGCGCGGCAUCCGCGACCAUGUUUCCGACAAUCUGGUGGAUGAGUUCGGGGCUGUGGAAGUUGGUUUGCUCAACGACGAAGAAGAUGUGUUCGAGGAGUUGGACAAUGGGUGGAUUGGGGUUAGAUGGUCAGGGAGCUCGAAUUCCAGGGUGUUUGAGGUAAAGAUCGCCUUAGAUGAUGGAAGAGACGCAUGUCGUAGCUUAGAGGUCGUGGACGAGAGAGAAGAAGUGGGUGUAUUGGAUGAUGGGUUUGGGUCUUUGGUUUCGAGAAUUGAUGUGGAUUCGGCGGAUGUGGUGAACUUUGAUACCACGGCAUUGAUCGCGAUGGUGUCAGGAAUAAGUAACGGUGGUUGCGAGCGGCUGAUGAAGGCGCCGGAGGCAGAGAUGCGAGCAAGGUUUAAGAGCAACUAUGAGUUUGUGAUGGCUCAGGUGACAUCCGAACUUGAGCAUCCAAUUCUAGCAGAACUGAGCGUUGCGAUAGCUGGAAAGAAAGGUAUAAUCUGUGAAAAUGUCCUUUCUGAAUUUCAAGAACUGGUUUCUAUGUGUGCAGGACCCAGUGAAAGGUUACGAGCUGAUCAACUUAUAAAGCAUCUCCAAGUUGUCCCAGACUCUCCUUCAGAACGACUGAUGAAACUUCCAACAACAAGAAAAAUUGCAUUGAAGAACAAGAUUGUGUUUGGGACAGGAGAUCAUUGGCAUGCACCAACAUUGACGGCUAAUACGGGUUUCGUGCGAGCUGUUUCACAAACUUCAAUGUCAUUAUUGACGAUCGAACACAGGCCCCGUGCACUAACCGGUGAUUAGUCUCCGUUGUCGUAUCUCGUGCAUGUAUUAGCAUGGACAUGAUGAACCUUCCUGGUAUCAUAGAUGCUUGUUAAUGGGAUCUUCAAGACCCGUCAAACAUGAGCUGUAUAAAACUUUGUAAUAUAGGAAAACUAUGUUGCACAUAUACUCAAGAUGGAGUUGUAGUUUGACUGGAUAAUAUAUGAUCUGUAUUCUGCUGAUGAUUAAUCAUUAUAUUAUCGAUCCAUGAUUAAGCUUCCUGUCA